AUGAAAGCGACUAAUUUGUGUUCGAAAAGUGUUCCAUUAAUUUUAUGUCGUCGUACAAAAAGCUAUGGUGAAGUUGAUACUGCACAUGGGCAUGGACAUGAUGAUAAACAUGUUGAUCGUAAUCAAAUUAUAUACGAAAGAAUGUGGAAGAAUAAGUCAACCUAUGAUUGGUUACCAAAACCACAGGGCAGUUGGGCUGAAGUAAACGCUAAAACUCAACGUCGUUAUAAUCAAGUGUUAAUUGCUGGUAUUGCUUCAAUCUCAUUAGCAACCUUUUAUGUACUUUCCGUUACUGAAAAGAAUGCGGGUGCAAGAUAUCGAGCUCCAUAUCAUCUAAUUGGACAUGAAGAUUUCCCGGGCUCAAAUAUAGAUUACAACUCUGUACAGUUCCAGAUAAUGGCGCUGAGUGAUGGAAAAUCAGAGCGAACAUUUCAAUAUGAUGAUACAUUACCAUCAUUACCACUGCCUACAUUGCAGCAUACAUUGAAUCGCUAUUUAGAUUCAGUCAGACCCGUAGUGAACGAUCAAGAAUAUUUGAAAACGAAAACAAUUGUUGAUCAUUUUGGAAAACGUAUCGGUCUUGUAUUGGAUAAACAAUUACAGGAAAAAGCCCGCCAGGAACGAAAUUGGGCAAGUGACAUAUUAUCAAAAUGGUGGGAUGAAGAAAUUUAUUUAAAAUGGCGUCAACCACUUGCUCCAAAGAUGAAUAUGGUGGGUUAUGAUUCAGACUGGAGUUUUUGGCCACCAAAAGAUAAUUCACAAAUUGAACGUGUUGCAUUACAAUUACAUUUUUAUGGUCAAAUUUUUCAAUCAAUUCGACAAAUAUUUUCUUUAUUUUAUAUUCUUCGUUUAGAAAAUGAUGGACGUUGUCCAACACAUAUUGUCAUCAUUCGUAAACGUCGCUUCUUCGUUUUUGAUUUAUUUGAUGAUGAGAAUAUAUUAACACCGCCUGAAAUUGAAUAUCAACUACAUGAAAUUGUAAAAUUAAGUGAAAAACAAACAAAUAAUGCUAUGGGACUAGGAGCAUUAACAGCGCUACCACGAGACGAUUGGGCACUAAUACGCGAACAUUUUUGUGAAAUCGACUCUCGUAAUGAAUUAGGAUUAAAUCUUAUUGAAGAAUCGUUAAUGAUUUACUCGUUAGAAGAUAAAAAUGUUGACAAUUUAACUGAUUUGUGCAAACUUGUCAUGCUUGGUGAUCCCGUUAUGCGAUGGUUUGAUAAAUCAAUAGUAGUUGUCGUAACACAAAAUGGCGUCUUUGGAAGUAACUGUGAUCAUACUGUCUACGAGGGUCUCAUACCAUUACAAAUCAAUGAAAAUGUUCACAAACAAACUAAAUUUCUCAAUGGCGUAUGGAAUAAACAACAGACACAUUCAGCCGCAAAUCCUAAGACUAAUGCUUAUGAAAUAAUCUUUUAUACAGAUCAAAUUCUUCAUGAUGCCAUUGAACGUGGUCGUGAACUAUUUUUUAAAGAAGCAAAUGAUUAUGACUGUAUUACCACUACUGUGCCGUUGUGUACAAAAAUGGAUAUUACAAAAAAAAUAAAUGUUCAUCCCGAUACAUACUUUCAAUUAUGUUUGCAGUUAGGUUAUUAUCAAUUACAUCAUCGUGCGGCACCAACCUAUGAAACAGCCUCAACAAGACGUUAUUAUAAGGGACGAACUGAAACGUGUAGAACUUGCACAUCAGAGGUAAUACAGUGGUGUAAAGCAAUGGUGGAUGAGAAAAAUGUAACGGAUGGUAUGAAACGAAAACUAUUUUUAAUUGCCGUUAAACGCCAUAGACAACUGAUGACAGAAGCAUCUUUAAAUGAAGGAUGUGAUCGACAUUUAUUUGGUCUUAGUAUGUUAGCCACUGAAAAAGGAUAUAAAUUUACACUCGAUGAUGAUCCAUCGUGGAAGAAAAGUGGUGGAGGUGGUAAUUUUAUUUUAAGCACAAGUUGUCUUGGCUUUAGAACAACAUGCGGUGGCACAGCACCUAUGUGUUCCACUGGCUAUGGCGUGUUUUAUAGAAUUGGUCCUGAUGCAACAGCAUUCUUUAUUAGUGCUUAUCAUAGUUGUCCAGAAACAAGUGCAUCGGCAUUAAGUCAAUCAAUAACAGAUGCAUUAAUCAACGUUAAAAGUUUAUUCGCAAACAUAACAUCAAAUCUUUAG